UUUCGACAUACAAGUACAUACGACCAAAGUUUCUUGAAAGCAUCGCUUCCCGUUCGCUCAGCGGUAAUUAAGCAGGAAAACGGCGGAUUAGUAGUUAGGUGGGUGACCACUAGCGAAUCCCCGCUGUCGUAUGUUUUUUUGCGUCUUUGA